UGUGAAGAAUGUGGCAAAGCUUUUAACCGCUUAUCAACCCUUACUAAACAUAAGAGAAUUCAUAGUAGAGAGAAACCCUACAAAUGUGAAGAAUGUGGAAAAGCAUUUAAUCACUCCUCAGUCCUUAAUAACCAUAAGAUAAUUCAUACUGGAGAGAAACCCUUCAAAUGUGAAGAAUGUGGCAAAGCUUUUAACCAGCCGUCAACCCUUACUAAACAUAAAAGAAUUCAUAGUGGAGAGAAACCCUACAAAUGUGAACAAUGUGGGAAAGCUUUUAAGCAGUCAUCAACCCUUAUUAAACAUAAGCGAAUUCAUAGUGGAGAGAAACCCUUCAAAUGUGAAGAAUGUGACAAAGCAUUUUGUGACUCCUCAUCCCUUACUACACAUAAGAGAAUUCAUAGUGGAGAAAAACCCUUCAAAUAUGAAGAAUGUAGCAAAGCUUUUAACCACCCAUCAACCCUUACUAAACAUUAGAGAAUUCAUCAUGGAGAUACUCCCUUCGAAUGUGAAGAAUGUGGGAAAGUUUUUAACCAGCCAACAAAUCUUAGUGUACAUAAGAGAAUUAAUGCUGGAGAGAAGCCUUACAAAUGUGAAGAAUGUGGAAAAUAUUUUAACUAUUUCUUGAACCUUACUAGACAUAAAAGAAUUCAUACUGGAUAGCAGCCUUACACAUGUGAAGAAUGUGGCAAAGCCUUUAACUGGUCCUCAAUCCUUAUUACACAUAAGGCAACUCAUACUGCAGAGAAACCCUACAAAUGUAAACAGUGGGGCAAAGGCUUUGGUGUAUUCUCAGCCUUUACUUAA